UUCUGUUUUUUUUCUCAAAAUGAUUUAAUUAAAAAUUCAGAGCUUAUUUUAUAAAUUAAUAACUUAAAACACGUUUAAUAGGUAUAUAAGGAUAAGAGAUACAGCAAAAACAUGCAUAUUAAGCAGGUCAUUAUUCAUGGUUUUAAGUCAUAUCGGGAGCAAACAGUCGUCGAUCCUUUCCAUAAAAAGCAUAAUGUGGUGGUUGGAAGAAACGGAAGUGGAAAAUCAAAUUUUUUCUCUGCAAUCCAGUUUGUUCUUAGUGAUGAAUUUACUCAUUUACGUCCAGAACAGCGUCAAAAUCUCCUACAUGAAGGUGUUGGUCAAAGACUUGGAUCUGCUUACGUAGAAAUCAUAUUUGACAACUCAGAUAAUCGAGUUCCAAUCGAUAAAGAAGAAAUUUCAUUAAAAAGAGUUAUUGGAGCUAAAAAGGAUCAAUAUUUUCUUAAUAAAAAGAAUGUUCCAAGAUCAGAAGUCGUUAACUUAUUGGAAUCUGCCGGAUUUUCCAAUUCGAAUCCAUACUAUAUUGUCAAACAAGGUAAAAUCAAUCAAAUGGCAACAGCUCCAGAUGCACAUCGUCUUAAAUUGUUAAGAGAAGUAGCAGGAACAAGAGUUUAUGACGAACGAAAGGAAGAAUCAAAGAAUAUUCUUAAAGAUACUGACUCAAAAGUUGAAAAAAUAACAGAAUUCCUUAAAACAAUCGAAGAAAGAUUGAAAACUUUAGAAGAAGAAAAAGAGGAAUUAAAAGAAUAUCAGAAAUGGGACAAACUUCGUCGUAUGCUUGAAUAUAUAAUCUACGAGACAGAAUUGAAAGAUAAUCGAAAACAGCUUGAAGAGCUUGAAAAUCAUCGCAAAAAUUCUGGAGAUCAACAGAAAAAGUUAACAAAUGAGAUCCAGAAACUACAAGAUAAGAUCAAAAACAUCCAAAAGAAUUUAAAAGAUGCAAAAAAGGAUGUUACAACUGCUAAAGAAGAACGUUCAGUCUUGAAUGCAGAACAGCAACAAUUGUUGAGGGAAAAGACCAAAUUAGAUCUUACAAUAAAUGAUUUAAAUGAUGAAGUGCAAGGAGAUAACAAGUCAAAAGAAAGGGCUGAACAAGAACUAAAACGUCUAGAAUUGACAAUUGCUGAAAAAGAGAAGGAAUUGAAGCAAAUUAAGCCACAAUAUGAAGAAAUGAAAAAGAAGGAAGAGGAAUAUAGCCGAGAACUUGCAGUUAAAGAUCAAAAGCGUAAAGAAUUGUAUGCAAAACAAGGUCGUGGAUCUCAAUUUUCAUCUCGAGAAGAGCGUGACAAAUGGAUUCAAAAUGAAUUAAAGUCACUUGCAAAACAAAUAAAGGAUAAAAUUUCACAUCAGAAUAAAUUGACAGAAGAUUUGAAACGCGAUGCUGUAAAGCAACAGGAACUUGAAAAGAAAAUUGAAGAUUCAGCUGGUGGAAUGGAUCAAUUGAGACAACAGAUUGAUGAACAUAAUAAAAAUUUCUAUGAGCUUAAAAAGAAAAAGGAUCAUGAACAAAGUAUUCGUAAUGAUUUAUGGAGGCAAGAAACUCAAUUGACACAAACUCUAUCGUCUCAUAAAGAAGAACUAUCAAAAGCUGAUCAAGCACUUCGUUCUAUGGCUGGAAAGCCAAUUUUAAAUGGUCGAGAUUCAGUCCGUAAAGUACUCGACAUGUUUAGAGAACGUGGCGGUGAUUAUGGUAAAAUUGCAAAUUCAUAUUAUGGACCAGUCAUUGAGAAUUUCAAUUGUGACAAGACAAUUUAUACAGCAGUAGAAGUAACAGCUGGAAAUCGUUUAUUUCAUCAUAUUGUUGAGUCAGAUCGUGUCGGUACACAAAUAUUGAAGGAAAUGAAUAAGCAAAAAUUGCCCGGUGAAGUCACAUUUAUGCCAUUAAAUCGUCUCCAAUUUAAAAUUCACGAUUAUCCAGACAAUAAUGAUUCAAUUCCAAUGAUCAGUAAAUUAAAGUAUGAGGAGAAGUAUGAUAAGGCAUUAAGAUACAUUUUUGGCAAGACUCUUAUUUGCCGUAAUCUUGAACGAGCCACAGAACUUGCAAAAACAACUGGACUUGAUUGUGUAACAUUAGAAGGAGAUCAAGUUUCAUCUAAAGGAUGCUUAACUGGUGGUUUCUUCAACACAUCAAGAUCACGUUUAGAGAUGCAAAAGAAGCGAUCAGAAUAUAUGCAAAUGAUUCAAGACUUUGAAGAUCAAUUACACGAGAUUCGUACAAAAUUGAAGGCAAUAGAAGUGAAAAUUAAUGAAGUUGUCAGUGAAAUGCAAAAAACAGAGACAAAAUUGGGAAAGUCUAAAGAUGCGUUUGAAAAAGUCCAAGCUGAUAUUCGAUUAAUGAAAGAGGAACUGACAAGAAUCGAGCGAUUCCGAUCACCAAAAGAAAAAUCUUUGGCACAAUGCAAAUCAAGUUUAGAGGCAAUGAAUACAACAAAAUCUGGAUUAGAAAGUGAAUUGCAUCAAGAAUUAAUGGCACAAUUAUCCGUACAAGAUCAACAGGAAGUUGAUCAACUUAAUGAUGAUAUUCGUCGAUUAAAUCAAGAAAAUAAGGCAGCAUUUAGCUCGAGGAUGAGUUUGGAAGUGACAAAAAAUAAACUCGAAAAUUUAUUGACAAAUAAUUUGAUAAGACGACGUGAUGAGCUGCAACAAGCUUUACAGGAAAUUUCUGUUGAAGACCGAAAACGUCAAUUGAAUAACUGCCAAAAUGAUCUGACAAAUGUGAUCGAGAGAAUAAAGAAAGUAAAUACAGAUCUUGAGGAAAUGGAUCGAAAAUAUGACAAAGCUGCUAAAGCACAAAAGUCACUGCAAAAGGAUGUGGAAGGACUUGUACAAAAGGAAAAGGAUUUACAAGAUAAAAUCGACCAAGACUCGAAAUUGACGGAAAAGUGGGCAGCAAAAGAGAAUUUAUUUCAUCAAAAAAUUGAUGAAUGCUCUGAGAAAAUUGCUAAUCUUGGUGCUUUACCGCAAGUUGAGCCACAAUAUACGAAAAUGUCACUAAAGAAGCUAUUUCAAGAGCUCGAAAAAGCCAAUCAUCAUUUGAAGAAGUAUAAUCAUGUAAAUAAGAAGGCUUUAGAUCAAUUUUUGAGUUUCUCGGAGCAGAAAGAGAAGCUUUAUAAACGAAAGGAAGAAUUGGACAUUGGAAGUGAGAAGAUUAAAGAACUAAUGCAUAGUCUGGAGAUGCGUAAAGUUGAGGCAAUUCAGAACACAUUCAGACAAGUGGCAACAAAUUUUACAAAAGUAUUCAAGAAGUUGGUUCCUCAUGGAAGUGGACACUUAGUAUUACGUACAUUAAAUGAUCAUGACGAUAUAAAAGGUAAUCUGGAAGUUUCAACGUCUGAUGAUUUCACUGGAAUCGGAAUUCGUGUGUCAUUCACUGGAAGUGACUCGGAAAUGAGAGAAAUGAAUCAAUUGAGUGGUGGACAAAAGUCACUUGUUGCUUUAGCAUUAAUCUUUGCCAUCCAAAAAUGCGAUCCAGCUCCAUUCUAUUUGUUUGAUGAAAUUGAUCAAGCACUUGAUGCACAGCAUCGAAAAGCUGUUGCUGAUAUGAUUCAUGAAUUGAGUGACAAUGCUCAAUUUAUUACGACAACCUUCAGACCAGAACUGCUAGAAAAAGCACAUAAGUUUUAUGGAGUUCGUUUCCGAAACAAAGUAAGUCACGUCGAUUGUGUGACUCGAGAAGUUGCAAGAGAUUUCGUAGAAGAUGACACAACUCAUGGUUAAGGUUUUCUUGCUUUAUUAAAUUUCAUUUAAAAUUAUUAACUUACAAGAACCAUGAAACCUGAAUAACUAAUAUUAGCUUGUAGAUGAGAUUUUAUAAUUUUAUUCACCUGUAAAUUAAUUCAUCUUAAUUAAUAAAAAUACCUAAAUACA